AUGCUCUGGAAGCGCAACGAGACAGAGAACGACAUGGAAAUGCUCAUCAAGAUCCUCAACUGCCUCAUGCACCUCGCUGGUGGCACGUGCGACGGCAAGCUCAUCGCGUACCCGCUGCCGACGCUUCACGACGAGUACGACGAGCUCGUCUCGAGUUACCACCGGCAAAAGCUGGCCGCGACCUUUCUCCUCAGCGACGACCAAGUCACCAAGCAGCUCCUCCCCAUGGUGCUUGAUUUCGUCAACGACAUCCAGCAGAAAGACGUGGCCGAAGUGGCGAGUCGGUGCAUCGCCGCACUCGUUCCUCGCCUCUCGGGCUCGAUCAAGAAGACACAGAUCAUUCGCAUUGGCAUCGAGAAGGGCGACGUGUCCCAGGCCGCGGGCUCGCGCCUCAUUUGUUGCUGGGUCCUUGGCCUGCUCACGGCGUCGACGCUGCUCUCCGAGGCCGACAUUGAGAGUCUCUUUUUCCAAAAGGCACGCCGACGACCGAGCACCGAUGCAUCUGACUUUCUGUCGUGA